GACAGGAAGACAAAAAAAUUCAACGCAAAGCAAGAUAAUUUUCAAGACAUUGGGAUAAUCAAUAAAUAGUUCAACGAAAGUUGAGAAAAUGCAGAAUCUCCAUCCGCUUAUAUGUAUGUGUGUGACCGUAAUAUACAUCGCAGUGAAAGUAAACAGCGAAGAAUCAGGGCAACCAACGCGUAUGACAAUUUUGAAUGAGCAACAAUGUGUUCAUGAAGGUGAAACGAUAACACUAACUUGUAUACUGAAUAUUAUGAAUAAAUACAGCAAGCAGUUGAGUUUAGAAUGGUCGUGGGGAUCUAUUUAUCGCACUCACAAAAUAAACCAUACAAUAGAAUCGCAAAAUCUUAACGGUACAAGUUUGUCUUCCAAGUUAACGAUCUACACCGACUGGACAGGCGAUAGAUUAUUUACCUGUGUCGCGAGAUCAUCUAUCACAGGACGCGACUCGAAGGAAAUUUUUCGUUCCUCGAGUGUGGUGAAGGUAGCAUCUUCACAAAAAUGCGAGAUACUUGGAAUUCGUGCUUUGGAAGCAAAAAAUUUUGACAGGAUUGAAAUAUAUUGGAGACCAGCAAACAACUCGCAGCACUCAAUGCAAUUUGUCAACAUUUGCGAUGAAAAAAACUGUUGGCAAACUCAUAAGAAAUAUGAGAAAUGCUACAACAGCAUCAAAGAAGUUUAUGGUGUACCAAAAAGUAAAGGAUUUGUGUGCAUGUCAUAUAUGUCCUUAAUUACGGAUCCGCCAGGGGAAUUUCAUGUUAACUAUAAAGUAUUCAUUGGCAUCCGAGAAAAUGAAGAUGCUUGUGAACGCAAAUGUAGCAGAGAAAAGAGGUUUAUCGCUAGCUAUUAUGAUGAUGAAGAUCCUGGAAGCAAGUUUGAACAGGUCAUACUUCUACCAAUGCCUGUUGAACAGCUAGUUGUCAAGCCAAUUAAAGAACGCAAGGUUUUUUUAAAAUGGAAGGAUCCUCCUGGAGUUGAAUAUAUCAAUGAACGAAAAUAUGGAAUCGUCAUUCAGUGUGCAGGUAAUAACACUCCACCAACAAUAUGGACACUUUUACACAAUAUUACCUUAACGAGCAACAACUUCGUCAACUAUCGCCCCCACAGAUUAUGUACGUUUUGCGUUGUGGCUAAAGCCAAUAAAUUUGGCAAAAAUUCAGAGCCAACUUGUAGGAAUGCGAGACUUCUUGAAGAAACUCCGACCAGCCCACCAACUGUGACAUGUCCCUCAACAGGUUGCCCAACUUUUUACAAUGAUUACGCUCGCAACGUGACAGUCACGUGGACACUUCCACCGAAAAGUGAGUGGAAUGGACGUCUAACCGACGGAAGGAUAUUUUUUCAUAUUAAUAAUGAAUACAGAAACACAACGCAGCAUUCAACAAACGUCACAGUUAGUUUACAAAAACUAACUAACAACAAUGUCGGAGUAACCACUUUGAGUGGUUUGACAAAAAAUGAGACUUACUGGGUACGAAUGCAGAUUUGUAACAAAGGGGGUUGCAGUGUACAAGGAAAUCAGUUAGAAAUAUCGCCAAUUCCAGAAAUGGUUAGAACAGAAUUCAGCACAACAGAAUGGUUGUCGAAUGGCAAAUAUGUAAUCACAGGAAGUUGUCUCACUGCUGCCUUAAUCAUAGCGUGUCUUGUGUAUCUGGCUAAGAACAGAGUGAAGUUGCAACGUAAAAAGCAGAUUAAGAAAACGCUGCAAAUUAUCGAGCCAUCUGGUUAUGUGAUUAUCGAAGACAAAAAUGUUCAUGUUGAAUAUAGCGUUUUGGACAUUCCAACAAAUGUUAAAGAUAUUUUACUGGAUAAUGCAACUUGAAAAGAUAUUUUAAAUGACACUAAACUUUGUUACGCACAUCUUUCUCAAGUUAUUGAUGUGUUUUGACCAGUGACGUCGCAAUAUUGCACAAUGACAACUUAAAUGAUCAGGCUAAAACGUUACUUCAACCGGGCAAAGUUCCCUUCGAUGUAUAGAAAUUUUUCCAAAGCCUAACAUAUACUAGCCAAAAAAACGAAUGAUAUUCGAAGCGUUGAGGCUGCUCUAAAUGCAAUCAUGUGGCUAAACAUUUAAAAGAAUCCUUAAAUAACGUGAGAAUGAAAAGAGAUGUGCACAAACAUUUUUAGAAAUUCUACUAAUAUUUUAAUCAAGUUCAGUAUGGAUAUAUUAUAUCAAACAGUGCUGGAUACUGUUGAACGAGUCCGAAAACUACCUUCAUGCAUAAAGUCAACAGAAGAAAUUAUUUAUAAGAUAUUUUUAAUUUAUCUGUAAGUUGUAACCCAAAAAAAGCUAUAUAUAAAGCUGAAUGUAUGCAUCAGUUUUGAAAAUAAAAUUUUUCAAAGUAUGGUGAAAA